AUGCCUCUGUUAGAAGGGUCGAGGCAGACCUCGCCUCCCCCAAGUGCGAAUUCCCCAGACCCUGCCCCAGCGACCAUCUUCAAUCGUCGCCUCAGCGAACAAUUUUCCGAUCUGGCUCGAGUCGCAAUCAUGACGAACGCCUCUGCCUCUUCUCACGAGGGCGAAUCCCUGAAUCACGUCGCAUACCACUCCAGUCUUAUGCCUCCUCCAAAAACUGCUUUUGGCAGAUCCGCCUCCAACUUAUCCGCGCACAAACAACCGACAAGCGGCGCCCUGGGCAGAGCUUUGACUGACACUCCUGCUCCCAGUGCCCCCACGAGUCCGCAGAUACAUGCCCGAAACAGCUCAAACGCCUCCGGGUCCGCGACUCCCAAAAUCCGUGCCACCACCCUCGAUAUUCCCGGACUCACUCGAUCCAAGGUAUCCCCGAAUGGUCAAAUAUCAGAAAGAGAUGUCGCAGCCAAACUCAUUAUCAUCAUGGUUGGUCUGCCCGCCAGAGGGAAGAGCUACAUCGUCAAGAAGAUUGCUCGAUAUUUGAAUUGGUUACAGCACCCAACUAGAAUAUUCAACGUUGGAGACCGUCGACGAGUGGCUGCUGGCGUUGGCCAACCCAUACCCGAUCGGACGACCGCUGCGCUGCGGGAGUCGGUACGUCGAAUGAGCUCUACCACCCAGGGUCCCCAGGGUGUGAUUGACCAUGGUGAACUGCUUCCACCACCUGCUGUUGAGACGAAGAUUCUCAUUAAUGGCGAAAUCACCUCGUCUCCAACAGGUCCGUCGCAGAAGAACGGCUUGGGCAAGUUGGAUGAAGAUAGGAAAGAUCCCAUUCAGCUGUCCGCUCCCGAACCCAUGGAUCAGUCUGCACAAUUCUUUGACCCAAACAAUACCAAGGCCAAACAAUUGCGGGAGCAGGUGGCACAUGCAGCCUUGGACGAGCUCUUGAAAUACGUUUUGGAAGACGGUGGAUCGGUGGGAAUCCUGGAUGCCACAAAUCAUACCCGGGAGCGACGUCUGUCGUUAGUCAGACACAUUCGGGAGCGCGACGAGAACAUCAAUAUCCUCUUUGUGGAGUCCCGGUGUCAGGAUCAGAACCUGCUGGAAGCAAAUAUGAGACUGAAACUCUCCGGUCCCGACUACAAAGGCAAGGAUCCGGUGGCGGCAUACCAGGAUUUCCAGCAACGCGUCCGACAAUAUGAGAAGUCAUACCAGAAACUAGACGAAUUCGAAGAGGAGCACAACAUGGCGUAUUGCUCCAUGAUCGACGUGGGGCGCAAAAUGGUAACGCACCAAGUCAAGGGCUUCCUCUCUAUUCAAACCGUCACCUACCUGAUGAACUUUAACUUGGCACCGCGACAAAUCUGGAUCACCCGGCAUGGUGAAUCGAUGGACAACGUAAAUGGCAAAAUCGGUGGUGAUAGCUCGUUAAGUCCCGACGGAGUGAGAUACGCUCAGGCACUAGCCAAAUUUAUUGGGGUGGAAUGGAAGGCGUGGGAAGAUCACCAGGCCGAAAAACAAGCAAACAUCCAUUUCCCACCGCUCCCGGGCGAUACGACGCCACCGAAUCCGGAAUAUACCGCGCAAACGCUCCAAGAACGGAACUUCUGUGUGUGGACGAGCAUGUUGAAACGGAGCAUCGAGACCAGCCAGUAUUUCAAUGAUGAGGAAUACGAUAUUAAGCAGAUGCGAAUGCUGGACGAACUCAAUGCCGGGUCAAUGGAAGGCAUGACCUACACCGAAAUUCGAGAAAAAUUCGCGCAUGAGUAUGAGCUCCGAAAACGAGACAAGCUCCAUUACCGGUAUCCAGGUCCUGGCGGUGAGGGUUAUCUGGACAUCAUCAACCGGCUGGGAAAGGUCAUCCUCGAGAUAGAACGAAUGACCGACCAUGUCCUAAUCAUCGGCCAUCGAAGUAUCUGUCGGGUUCUCCUGGCCUAUUUCAUGGGUCUCAAGCAGGAGGACAUCAGCGACCUGGAUGUUCCAUUGGGUGUGGCAUACAUGCUCGAACCGAGACCAUACGGCGUGGAGUUCAAGGCAUAUCGAUGGGAUCCUGCCAGGGAUGAAUUUCUCUAUGAGCCAGACUACCGGAUGAGGCGAGCCACUGACCCACAAGCCUGA